AUGACGAUUCGCGGAGCUCCGGCGAUUGGCGUAGCGGGCGCCUACGGCAUGGUGUUUGCCGUUAAAGAGAAGCAUCCUGACACUUUCAAUGAUCUUUUGCAGUGUCUGAGAGACGCAAAAGAGUACCUGGACAGCGCUCGACCCACAGCAGUCAAUCUCAUGUGGGCAACAAAGAGAGUGAUCGACGAGGUGGAAUCCGCCUCUCCCUCCAACUUCUACGAAUUCCUCAUCGAACUGGCGCAGAAAAUCGCCGACGAAGACGUCCAAAUCAACAAACAAAUGGCGAUUCACGGCGCUGCGCUCGUUCCUCCAAAUUCCAACGUGAUCCAUCAUUGCAACACGGGUGCUCUCGCCACGGUGGACAUUGGUACAGCCCUCGGCGUGAUCUAUGGCAGCGGCAAAAACAUCCACGUUUGGGUCGACGAGACGCGUCCGCGUUUGCAAGGCGCUCGCCUCACCGCCUGGGAAUUAGCUCGUGCUCACGUGCCUUAUCACUUGAUGGCAGACGGAGCCAGCGGAUUGCUGAUGCGGACUCGAAAGAUCGACUGCGUGCUGUUUGGAGCGGAUCGCGUAGCUGCGAAUGGCGACGUUGCGAACAAAAUAGGGACUUAUAAUGCAGGACACGAAGGAGAGAAUGAUAAUCAUGUGCCUGUGUAUGCAGUGGUGCCCACCUCGACGAUUGAUUUAUCGCUGGCUUCGGGAGAUGAGAUCCCGAUUGAAUUCCGAGGGAAAGAGGAAGUUGUGCGAGUGGACGGGUCGGCGGUAGCGCCAAUCGAGUCUGAAGUGUUUAAUCCUGCUUUUGAUGUGACUCCGAAUCGCUAUAUCACUGCAAUAAUCACCGAGAAGGGAGUUUGUUAUCCUCCUUUUGAGGAGUCUCUCAAGCGUGUUGUAAUGUCGUUGCUUGUUUGUUUCAAACGAGAGAAUUGUGUGUGUGUGUACGUUUUCGCAAUCAAGGAUAGCAUGCUAUCACACUCUUCAUUUAAAAAAACACAGGUAGAUUGA